AUGCAGCUUUCCCGAGCUGAAUACAAGAAGAUAGUCAGUUGGGCUGAGCUGAGACCGACGCGCCAGUGUAUGAAAAUGUUGAAGGAAAGAUUUACAAAUCACUCGCAGUCCACUCUUCUGAGCAUCUUCUCCCUGGAGUACCAGAAAAGAACCAAAAGAACAGUAGCCAGACACCAUGCUCCAGAUGUAAUUGAAAGCUACUACCAAAGGUAUCUGAGUGAAACAAAGGCACAUCCCACUGCUCCGGUCUUGCUGGAUAUGGCCAAUGAGGUGGACCUGUCUCCUGCAUUGAUGGCUCGUUUGAUCCUGGAUAGGUUCCUUCAAGACCAGGCUGGUGAAAUCCCAAGUAAAACAGUCCUCAGCAAGAUGCUUAAGGAGCCAUCUUUAAUUCCAGACGAGAUUUUGGCCAGUAACAUCUACCAAUGUACAAUAAACGACUGCUGUUAUGGACCACUGGUAGACUGCAUCAAACAUGCGAUUGGCCAAGAGCAUGAGGUACUCCUCCGUGACAAAUUAAGGGAAAGCAACCUUUCCUUCCUAGAUGAAAACCAGUUGAGAGCUAUGGGCUACGACAAAACGCCAGACAUCAUUCUGGAGGUUCCAGUUGCUGUGGAGGGUCAUAUCAUACACUGGAUUGAGAGCAAAGCAUCAUUUGGAGAUGACUACAGCCAUCGUACAUAUCUCACUGAGCAGUUCUGGAGCUACUGGAACAGGUUUGGCCCCGGCCUUGUUAUUUACUGGUACGGCUUUAUCAGCGAGCUGGACUGCCAGAGAGACCGAGGUAUUCUGCUCAAAGACUGCUUCCCGACAGACAUCGUCACGCUAUGCCACGCCAAGGAACAGGAAUCAGAAUGAGAACAAAGUGAUUAAAAAGUUAUGCAGUAGGUAGAAAAGAAAAUUCCAGAUGGGAGAAUGAAGAAAAUGAAGGGAGAGGAAAGCAAUGAGGCGGGAAGGAUGGGAGAGGUAACACAAAGCAAGAGUGGAUACAGAGAACGGGAAGUAAUUUGGCUUUCCUGCCGUCUGAGACUACUGGCAAAAAUUUGUCCUGAACUCCAAAUGACCCCAUUUCUCUGCAUGUAUGUACACACGAACAUUCUGUGACGGCUUCGGGUCAGGCUCGUACCCAUGUGUGAAAACACACUGCGCUGGAUGCUUUUCCUGCUUGUGGACAACUCCUGGUCCCUAUGCGGCCUCUUGAAAUGGACAGUCGAGGAGAACGCUUGGGGCCAACGCAGGACAUCAGGCCCUUCCUUAUCACACCCAAAGCCCUGGCCUUUGUCACUUCUCCCUCGUCCAUUUCACGAGCAGAUAAGAGAAGUGCGGCCUGGGGUCUGGGUGGACGCCUGUCUCACCUGCGUCACUCGGUGCCCAUCAAUCACUCUCCGAGGGGUAAACAGGAUCAUUUCUGAUUACAACUUAGUCCAAAAUGAACUCCUUUACUUCACAUUUGCUGUUUAUUUAAGGUGAAGAGGACUCACACCCCCACUUCCCCUCACAAUAUAUUGUAUUCAAUAAGCUAGUCCAGUCAGGCAGAUCAUAAAAAGUUCACGCUGCAGUCAAUCAUUUUAUCAUAGCAGGAUGACACUGACUACACAUUUUCACAACUUACUACCUGUAAUUACAAUUUGGAUUAUUGUGGAUUCAUUUUAGAAGUCACUCUGUGCCUACUGCCCUCCAAAUUUGGUUAAAAUUGCACAACAGAAAAAUGUUGUAAUCCUCUGAGUUAGCACAUGCAUAUUACGUUUCACUAUCAUAAUGUACACUGUGCAUAAUAUGUUGUGUAAAUAGGUCAUAAAUUAAGUCACACCAGCUAGGCACAUGUUUAACCUCAUUGAAUGUGAAUUAAAGCAAUCAUUUGUAUACAUGCAUUCAUUAUUAAUAAACAUGGUUUCAUUCAACA